GAUGCCGGUGAAGAAGAAGAGAAAAUCCCCUGGGGUGGCAGCGUCGGUAGUCGAAGACGGAGGCCUAAAAAAGUGUAAAAUCUCCAGACCUGGAAGUGAGUGCGGUGUGAAGAAACGAGCAGAGCAGGAGGCAUCUUGACCUGACAACCUUCACAGGAACGCUAUUGCAGAUCCCAACCCCCUGCUAGACUAAUAAGUGGAGAGGAACAUUUUUCAAGCAAGAAGUGCCUGGCUUGGUUUUAUGAGUAUGCAGGUCCUGAUGAAGUUGUAGGGCCAGAAGGAAUGGAAAAAUUUUGUGAAGACAUUGGUGUUGAACCUGAAAAUAUUAUUAUGUUAGUUUUAGCGUGGAAAUUGGAGGCUGAAAGCAUGGGAUUUUUUACCAAGGAAGAAUGGUUAAAGGGGAUGACUUCAUUACAGUGUGACUGCACAGAAAAAUUACAGAACAAAUUUGACUUUUUGCGCUCACAGUUGAAUGAUAUUUCAUCAUUUAAGAAUAUCUACAGAUAUGCCUUUGAUUUUGCAAGGGAUAAAGACCAGAGAAGUCUUGACAUUGAUACUGCUAAAUCUAUGUUAGCUCUUCUGCUUGGGCGAACAUGGCCAUUGUUUUCAGUAUUUUACCAAUAUCUGGAGCAAUCAAAGUAUCGUGUUAUGAACAAAGAUCAGUGGUACAAUGUAUUAGAAUUCAGCAGAACAGUCCAUGCUGAUCUUAGCAACUAUGAUGAAGAUGGUGCUUGGCCUGUUCUUCUUGAUGAGUUCGUUGAGUGGCAAAAAGUUCGUCAAACAUCAUAGCAAGGACUAUUGUGAAGAAAAUGUACACGUUUUCAUCCCCACAUGCAUACAAGCUAAUGAGAUGAGGGAGAAAAGCCCAUAGGGUGCAUUUUCAUUCCUAUGAAAGACUUCUCAUAGUACUUGUUUUUCCUUUUUUUUAAAGGAAGUUUUCUUGUUACAUGUGAUGGGCAUUGAGCCAUACCUCCUCUGAGACUGAAUAUUCAAGUUUUUGUUUAAUGUUGAUAACGUUUAUUUCAGAACAAUAAAGAUUCAGAUUUGUGACAAAGGCCUUAAAGUGAAGAUGUCCCUUGAGUGUCAGAGUGGUAUUUAUUUUUAUAAAUUCUUGAAUUUUUGAGGUUCUAACUCAUGAAUUUGUGGAAUUUUAAAGAUUUUAAACAGUCUUAAUAUUUGGUAAAGUGGUCUGACGAUGGUGUGUCUCAUGAUAGUCACCUCUGCACAAUUAGGAUGACUACUGACCUGGGAUAAUGAUUUCUGAUGCAGCUAAUAAACAUUUCUGGAUACUGGAAGUUUUGGGUUCCUGUGAAAGCUGUCAUGGUCCAGUGCACAUACUUUAUCUGAAGAGUUCAGAGUUGGAAGAUUGUGUCCAAAUUGCUUUGUUUUCUGUCCAUUAAACAGUAUUGUCAAAAAGCAUAAAUCAGUAUUACAUGUAUGUUCUUAAUACCAAUUUUAAGUUUUCUGUAUUCCUUCAGUUAAAAGUUCAUUUGAAACAAGAUCAAUAUAUGAAUGGCCACCUAAUUCUCUAAGUAUUAGAGAAUUAGGACCAGCACUUGAGAUUGUCAUCAUUACUGUCAUCUUGUAGUUAGUGACACAAAUGUGAUCUCUUUGCUAUUUCAUGAAAUAGGAAGUUCUGGAAAGCCUUUUUGGUUCUAAGAUAACCUUAGCUCUAGUGUAGAUUGAGUUGUGAUACAUUUAGGCAAGAAAAAAAUCAAGUAACCAUGAGAGAAAGGGUCAGUUGUGACACUCAAGGGUGCCAUUUACCUUGAGAUAAUCAUAGUAUUCCAAUUGGCACAUUAUCCUAGCUAUUGUCAGUAGUAUAUCUUGAAAAAAGGACAUCCUCUAAUUCACAUAAAAUGCAUAUUCUGAACCAACAGCAGGACUGUCCAUUCCUUUUCACCAUCUAAUAUCCCAGUGACAUGAAAACUUGGUUCAUAUUCUAGUCACAAUCUUAGUAACAUUUCUACUUUCAUUGAAUGGAGAGAAGCAAAAAGAUUUAUUUUUCCAAAAAUCCAAAAAUAUGGAUUUAUUUGUUGGGCUUUAGGGUAAAGGUUUUUUU